AUGACGGAACCCGAGGAUCUCGAGGAGGAUCUCUUUGCUGAUUUGUAUGAUGCUGAUACCACGACGACCACCGCUGCACCUACCGCACCGCAGGUACAAGCACCAGCCGAGCCUGCUUCUAACAAGGCAGAAGUAGCCGAAACAUUCAAUAGCACUCAAUAUGCUGCUAGUCAGCAGCCACAGCCCGUCGAGGAGCAUAAAUUUGAGCCGCCACCUGCCCAGAAUGGGGGCCACGGAGGAAUACAGGUAGUUGGGGAUAGUCACAGUGGUGGCCAGGCUUCACAUGAAACUGAAAAUCAAGGAACAGGCAUUAAAGAAGAUGGGUGA